GUCACGGACCCCGCCGACUCGGUGGACUCGCUCAGUCGCACCCAGAGUCCCAGACACAGUCACACACGAGAGUGUUGAGACUUGAGAGAGAAAAAGAGAAACUCUUGAGAGAUUCCCAUUAGCCAAACACUAUUGAAUUGAAUUGAAGUGAGGGAUUGAGGUUCCUCGAAGAGGGGAAAUGACGAGUCCUCAACUGGAGCGAGGCGUGAUGACGCCGAUCUAUGCUUCUGGUAGACCCUUGUCCAUAACGCCGGGGUCUAGGGUCAAGACUCCUCUCAGUGACGGCACGAUUUGGAAGCAACUCAAGGAGGCGGGCUUUGACGAAGACUCCAUCAAAAAGCGGGACAAGGCUGCUCUCAUCGCAUACAUCGCUAAACUUGAGGCCGAGAUCUUUGACCUGCAUCACCAAAUGGGGCUUCUUAUAUUGGAGAAAAAGGAUUUGGUUUCCAAGAAUGAGCAAAUUAAAGCCUCUGUUGAUACAAUUGAAAUCAUGUAUAAGCGUGAUCAGACUGCCAAUGUACCUGCUUUAGCUGAAGCUAGGAAACGUGAGGAGAGUUUGAAGAAGGCUCUAGGAAUUGAGAAAGAAUGUAUUGCUAGUAUUGAGAAAGCCUUGCAUGAGAUGCGUGCAGAAUGUGCUGAAACAAAGGUUUUAUCUAACAAUAAAUUAGCUGAAGCCCGAACGAUGGUAGAAGAUGCUCAAAAGAAGUUCAUUGAAGCUGAAGCAAAGAUGCAUGUGGCAAAGUCUUUGCAUGCAGAAGCCACCCAGUAUCAUCGUGCUGCUGAAAGAAAAUUGCACUUGGUUGAAGCACGUGAAGAUGAUCUGAGCAGGCGUAUUGAUGCUUUCAAAGCUGAUUGCGAUGCAAAAGAAAAGGAUAUGAGGCUUGAGAGACAAUCUUUGAGUGAUAGACAAAAGGUUCUACAACGAGAACAAGAAAGAUUGCUUGAUGGACAAGCGUUGCUGAGUCAGAGGGAGGAUUACAUUUUUAAUAGAUCUCGGGAACUCAGUCAGCUGGAGAAAGAGUUAGAGGCCUCGAAAGAAAAUAUCGAGGAGCAACGCCGAGCCCUUAAUGAGGAGAAAUCCAAUCUGGAACUGAGUGUGGUUUCCUUGUCAAAAAGAGAAGAGGUGGUUGUUGAGAGGGAAGUUUCACUUGGCAAGAAAGAGCAGGAUCUACUUAUUUUACAAGAAAAAGUUGCAAGCAAGGAAUCCGAAGAAAUAAAAAACACUAUAGCUGAUCAUGAAGCUUUUUUGAGAACAAGGAAGUCUAAAUUUGAAGCUGAAUUAGAGAGAGAGCGUAAAUUGGUUGAAGAUGAAAUUGUGGCCAAGAGAAGGGCUUGGGAGUUGAGGGAGAUUGAUCUAAACCAAAGGGAAGACCUACUUCUGGAAAGAGAACAUGACUUGGUGGUUCAGUCAAAGUCAUUAGUAGAAAAAGAGAGGGAUGUUGGUGAACGGUUGAAUCAUCUGCUGGACAAAGAAAGAAGUUUGAAUGAUGCACAGAAGGAUGUUGAGGUAAAGAAAUUGCUCUUACAAGGUGAAAAAGAAGAGAUCGUUAUAAUGAAAUUUGAUCUUCAGGAGUCAUUGGAUUCUCUGGAAGACAAAAAGAAGCAAGUUGAUUGUGCUAAGGAGAAACUCGAGUCCAAGAAGAGCGAAACAGAUGAGCUGUCAGUUCUGGAGAUGAAACUUAAAGAAGAAGUUGAUGUUGUUAGGGCAAAAUUCGAACUCGUUGCUGAGGCAGACAGAUUAAGAGUAGAGAAAGCAAAGUUUGAAGCUGAGUGGGAGGUAUUAGAUGAAAAAAGGGAAGAGUUAAGGAAGGAAGCAGAAUGUUUGGCAGAGGAGAGACUUGUGCUUUCUAAGUUUCUCAAGGAUGAGCGUGAUAGCCUGAGACUCGAGAAGGACUUGAUGCGAAAUCAACAUAAAAAUGAUUUAGAGCUGCUUAAUCGUGAGCGAGAAGAAUUCAUGAAUAAGAUGGCACAGGAGCGUUCUGAAUGGUUUAGCAAACUUCAGCAAGAACAUGCCGAGUUCUUGUUGGACAUUGAAAUGCAAAAGAGGGAGCUGGAGAGUUGCAUUGAGAAAAGGCGUGAAGAGGUUGAAAGUUACUUAAAGGAAAGAGAGAAAGCCCUUGAGCAAGAGAGUGCAAAUGACCUUCAGUAUAUUAACUCUCUUAAGGAAAGCGCUUCAAAAGAGUUGGAGCAUGUUGCUUUUGAACUGAAAAGGCUCGAAUCUGAGAGAACAGAGAUAAAUUUGGAUCGUGAGCGAAGGGAUCAGGAAUGGGCGGAGCUAAGUAAAUCGAUUGAGGAACUUGAGAUUCAGAGGCAGAAACUAAAGGAACAGAGGGAAUCUUUGCACACAGAGAGAGAUGAAAUUUGUGCUGAGAUAGAGCGCUUGCAGACAUUAGAGAAUUUGAAAGUUGCCUUAGAUUACGAUGCUGUUUCUAAAAUGCAACAAACUAAUCUGGAGAGCUGGAAGAGACUUUCUGCAAAACGAUAUUUGAAGCAACAUAGUAGUUUGAGAGAUCCUAAGUUGGAUCAACAUGAUAUGCUCCAUGUCAGUAGUAACAGUGAUGGACUUGAUUCUCCUGCUAUAGGAAAGCCAAAUGGUGCCUUUACCCCUGGCACCGCUCAUUUCUCUUGGAUCAGGCGAUGUAAAGAAUUCAUAUUCAAAAGUUCUCCUGAGAAGACUCCCCCAAAGCAUGAAAAUGGUUCUCCUUUGUCUGAAAAUGAGGAAGCAGACUUGAUAUCAGCUGGACAAUUGGAUUGUUCCAACACAUAUGUUGAGCACAAGUUCAAGGGCCAACGUAGUUUCAGUGAGAUGCGGCCGUCUAGAUAUCCUUUUGGUGAACCAAAAGUAAUUCUUGAGGUGCCCCCUGAAGGUGAAGUACCAAAAGGAACACGUGAUUUUGAAUCUGAAAUUAAGGAAGAUGCUAGCGGAACCCCCUCUAGCUCUUCUACUGGACGAGGUCUUCAAGCUGGAAGGAAGCGACGAGUUAAUAACUUGACUUCCAAGGAUCACAUUGGCCCCCAGCCAGAGCAAGGGCAGAAUAAUAAGAGAAGAAAGCACCGGCAAGACGAGGCUAUAUAUUCAUCUGAAGAAGCUUUUCUCCACAGUCAAAUUUUAUCCAGAAGAAAUACAGGAGAGGAUCAGUGCGUAAUGGAGUCAUCUAACUUUGUUCAAGGAGAUGCUCAAGAGUUGACUGAACUUGUCAUAGAUAAAAUCAUUAAAGUCUCAGAAGUGACUUGUGAGAGGAUAGACAAUGAAACCAUUCAAGAAACAAUUGACGACUAUGGAGAAUCAGAACAUGGUGGGGGAACAAACCUGAAUACAAACUCUGUAGAUGAUCGAGAUAGUGUGUCACCCUCGGGUCCUGAGGUUCCUGCAAUGCUACAAGAAGUGCUUCGGGGAUAUGAGGGACAAGAGCACAUUCAGCCUCUAGAACCUGACGUGAUUGAAAGGAAUGGCCAGAAAGUUAAGGAUGACAAUGCAGUAUCAGAAGACAGAGGAUAAGGUGAAUGAGAACACUGGAACGCGGACAAGAUCAAAACAGAAGUCAUAGAAUACUAACUGAUCGGGCAUUUUGAUGUGAUUCAUGGCAUGGAGUAUGGAACAUGCAUGCUCGGAAAAGUAUGUCUCUUUGGGUAGUUGAUGAAGAUAAAGGCAGUUCUAUGCUAAGCGGCUAGUUCAUUGGUUUCCGUUUUGACACACUACCUCUGGUAUGACCAGUCUUAGUGCCCCCGCUGAUACAGCUUUGAAUAGCCCAAAUAUGUAAAUGGCUGGGAUGAGAUGGACGUGUAAAAUCUUGUAUAUGAUUUUGCCAUCUUUAAUUUUUUCUUUCUUUGGGGGGCUGGCUUGUUUCUUUAGUGCUUGAUGCUAUAGUUUUUAUUUAGGGAGGUGGUCUAACAGGUGUGAAGGGAGGAUUGAUCUAAUUGAUGCCUUUGGAACUAAAUGGGUUGUUGGUUGUUUCUUGACAAAAUGACAGAGAGGUUGCAAGGUGCCACACUGGAGUUUUAACUGAUUGGCUUUGCUAAGUGACCUUUUUUAUUUCUAAA